UAAAUUUCGUGGACUUCCUACGCUGACUGAGCUGAGGCCAUCACUCAAACUUCAUAUGAGGAGUCAUGCCCUUUUUUUAAAGAACCAUGAAUUUCGUACCAAGAGCCUUGGCAAAAAAGACAGCUAAUACUAAGACUAAGAGCUGUGUGUCGGUGAAGAAAAAGGUCAUAAACACAAAUCAGGAAGGGAGCUCAUGUGUGCUUUUACAAAAUGUCUCUACCUCGGGCUCAUCCAAUGCCCAGAACCCCUCUCCAUUUCCUAUAAGUGCAGAGACGAGAGAACCUCCUGGAAGAGAUGAUAAAAACAUUGGGAUACCGUUGAUCCAUGAACUACAGAACAAGGGUAAUUCAGAAGGCAAGAAGCGCCUGGAUCAAGGGAUAUCCUUUGACCCCGCACCUAGUGAUGUAGAUGGCUCCAGGAAAGUUCAAACACAUUCAAGUCAAUCUUGUAGAUCACCCCCUUUGCCGAAAGGUGAUACAUCAGAGAAUGAAAAUGAGGAAACAUUUCAUAGGAAGACUUCAGAGAGGACUCAUACGCAAUCACAUGAAAAUAAACUAGAAAGGCUUCAGCAGCUGAGUGAUAGGAUAUCAAGUCAGGUUUCUGUCAUGAAAGGGAACCAGAGUACAGGACAUCGAGAAUCCUUAACCCCUGCGAAACCUUCAUCUGACCCAGUUGUGAACGAUGAAAGUAUGUCCUAUCGGGACCAAGAAGAUGUGCAACAUGACGUUAAAGAGUCUGAGAACCCUGAGAGUGAUGAAGAGCCACGGCCCAUCGUAUCCUUCAGCAAGAAUCAGCGCUGGCCUGAUGAGAAUGAGCCAGUGUGUGUGGUCUGUGGGAAGUAUGGAGAGUAUAUCUGCAGUCAAACCGAAGCAGAUGUCUGCAGUCUGGAGUGUAAGGCUAAGAACUUGGUCAGGAGAGGAAUUCAAACCACUGCUCCCAAGACCAAGAAGCCAGCAGAUGAUACCAUUGAUGCAUUAUCUGGCCCGGGUGCUGCUGCUGAUGAUGCUGCUGCUGAUGCUGCUGUCACUGUAGAGGAGGCUGAUCAACUCUUCAUUUACAGGGAGCACCCAGACAUCGCUCAACUCGCCCCUGAACAGGUCCAAGAUAUCAGGAACGAGGUUCAGAUUUUUGUUGAAGGGAUAAAUAUUCAGAGACCUAUCUUGGAGUUUGAGCAGCUUUGUCUUCCAGCUAAGAUACAUAGUAAUCUCCAAUCCUCUGGAUACAUUACUCCUACACCGAUCCAGAUGCAAGCCAUCCCAAUAUCCCUUGCUUUGAGAGACCUUAUGAUAUGUGCUCAGACCAGCUCAGGAAAAACCCUAUCAUUCCUUGUUCCUGCUGUGAUGACCAUAUAUAACCAAGUACUAACAGGGGUAGGAAGCAAAGAUCCGCAUGUCCUCAUCUUCACUCCUACAAGAGAACUGGCUAUGCAGAUAGAAGAACAGGCUAAACAACUCAUGAAAGGAAUGUUGAGUAUGAAGACAGCACUUUUAGUUGGAGGGCUCCCUCUACCACCACAAUUGCACAGGUUACGACAAGGCAUUCAGUUUAUUGUAGGUACACCUGGCAGGAUCAUGGAGAUCAUCAAACAAGAAGGUGUUUGUCUGAGUGAAAUAAAGCUGGUUGCGAUUGAUGAAGUAGACACCAUGCUACAGCUUGGAUUCCAGCAGCAGGUAUAUGACAUCAUGACUCACUUACCGGAUAACCAUCAAACCAUCUUUACCUCGGCAACCAUUCCAUCAUCCAUAGAGAAGAUGGCAUCCUCUCUACUCAGCAAUCCUGUCUUCAUCUCGGUCGGAACGCCUAGUACACCCUGUACAUCAGUGAAACAGACCAUCUUAUGGGUAGAGGAACCGUCCAAGAAAAAGAAACUCUUUGCAGUACUACAGGAUCCCAAACAUUUCAGGCCACCAGCCAUAGUCUUUGUGGAUUCCAAACUUGGAGCAGAUUUAUUGGCACAAGCAGUUGAAAAGAGCUGUGGUGUAGCCGUAGCAUCAUUACAUGGAGACAAGCCUCAGAUUCAACGUAAUGGUAUCCUGCAGAGGUUCAGAGAUGGUGCAUAUGAUGUCUUGGUCAGUACCGCUGUCCUGGGGCGGGGUAUUGACCUCCCAGGGGUCAAGAUGGUCAUCAACUUUGACAUGCCAGGGACCGUAGAGGAGUAUAUACAUCAGAUCGGGAGAACAGGGCGCUUGGGAACAAACGGAACUGCCAUGACCUUCAUUAACAACAGCAGCAAAAAGCUCUUCCUGCAGUUCACCGGUACCCUGAAACCCCUGGGUGUGAUCCUGCCUCCCGAGCUGAUCAACUCUCCUCAUCUUAGCUACCACAGACAGCAGCAUCGCUCAAGAGACAGGCGGGUGGAUGCCUCCUCACAUCGCGGCAUGCCUGGAGGCAGUGGUUACCAUGACAACAAGAGGAGUAGAGACAGAGAAAGUGUGACUGAUAUCUUGAAGAAAAGGAAAAGAAAAUUCAAGCCUUGAAGUUCUGCCGAGGACUGUUGCAGCACGAGACUCGACUCGUCUUUCAGAUGGCUGCUUCAAGUUUUAGGGAAGACCGAGCUAACAUAAUGGUAGAUAGCGAUCAAAUUGAUAUACCACAUCUGUGUGCGCAACAAGUGGACUAUUAAUAUUCACUGAUUCAGUGAGGAAAUUUCAGCUCCGAUUACCCAUGCAAAUCUUCCAUAAGGGGAUUCCGUCUUCAAUUCAAUCUACUGGAAACUGGGCUUGCUUUAGGAGUUGAUGGGGUUUGCUUUGUGAUUGUUUCGUAAAUUGGAAUAAAUGGAGAAUAAAGCACAAGAAUCCAGUCACCAUAGUAUCAAAAGUUGCAAGGGUAUCUCAGCAAAAUGAACGAUAAUAUAAAGAGAGAUAAAAGUCCAUUCCAGUUUUGAUACAUGCAUUUCAUGAUUAUAUGCUCUCAUGGCAGGAUAGAUUUCUAUGUUCACGGUAUUCAGAUAAGCAAUGAUCUUGAAGAAAGCCAUGUUAAAACAGAAUUUAUGUACGGUCAACUAUGCUGAACACAAAGUUGCAGAAGUUGAAUCAUUUUUUUAAUUUUUACCAAACUGUGCAAAACUUGUGUAAACUUGUCUUAUUUUACCUUUCCAAAGUCAAAUUUGGGUUGGUCAAAUUAUUUUUGCAGUCUCAACAGAUUUGACUAUGCCAGAGUAAACUAUACAUCUACAUGUAAUGUCGAUGGCAAUACGAUUUCAGAUCAUACAUGUAGAUUGUGAUUUUCAGUUUGCUUAUUUCUAUCAGACUUCGUCAUAUGAACAUCUUUGACAAAUGAUUGUGAAAUUUCUUUUUUCUGUUAUAUCAAGUAAACAGCCUAUUUAUAUACCAGUAAAUAACUUUACUUCAAAAACAUACUUUUCUACUUUAUGUAUCAUUUGUGUCCUCUCUAGUUCUGUAGCAUGUGCAUAUUAAAAUUAAACCAGAAAAUAU